GAAACUCUCUAUAUAUUCUCUAUACAAAGUUUAGAGAAAAAUUUGAUUAACCAGAUCAAAUAUUUUAUAAAAAUUAAAGGUAUUUCUCAAACAAUGAGAUUAUCUUUUUCUCCCAUACGUCCGCAUAGUGUAGUGACGCCUUCACUACCAAAACACGACGCUGUGUCUUAUAUAAAUGGUACGACGUCGAAUCGUCAGUGUCGAUGUGUACUUACUCUUCCUUCUCCUACAAUCUCUACUUCCCGACCACCGGUUAUACCCAAACCAGAAACCUGGGAGAGUUUGCUACUAAACCAAGAUCAAAUCUCCAGCGAAUCCUCCCCCUCUGGUUCUAAUUUUCCGGUUAAGCUUGGCCGGAGAUGGAUGGAGUACCAGGGGCUUCAAAAUUGGGAUGGUCUUUUAGACCCAUUGGACGAUAAUCUCCGGCGAGAGAUUCUCCGGUACGGUCAAUUCGUCGAAUCGGCUUACCAAGCAUUCGAUUUCGAUCCUUCGUCUCCCACGUACGCGACAUGCCGGUUUCCCAGGAGUACUCUGUUAGACCGAUCCGGUUUGCCUAAUUCCGGUUAUCGACUAACGAAGAACCUCCGUGCCACGUCAGGUAUUAACUUGCCACGUUGGAUUGAGAAAGCGCCAAGUUGGAUGGCUACACAAUCCAGCUGGAUUGGUUACGUGGCAGUUUGCCAAGACAAAGAAGAGAUCUCGCGGCUUGGUCGUAGAGACGUCGUCAUCUCCUUCCGUGGAACCGCCACGUGUCUCGAGUGGUUAGAGAACCUUCGCGCAACGCUGACUCAUCUCCCUAAUGGGCCCACUGGACCGAAUCUAAACGGGUCUAACUCUGGGCCCAUGGUCGAAAGCGGGUUUCUAAGCUUGUACUCUUCAGGUGCUCACAGUUUGAGAGACAUGGUGAGAGAAGAGAUCUCGAGGCUACUCCAAUCUUACGGCGACGAGCCGUUGAGUAUAACCAUAACCGGCCACAGCCUUGGAGCCGCGAUCGCGACACUAGCUGCCUACGAUAUCAAGACGACGUUCAAACGUGCGCCCAUGGUAACCGUAAUAUCCUUCGGAGGCCCACGUGUCGGAAACAGAUGCUUCAGGAAACUCCUUGAGAAGCAAGGCACCAAGGUUCUAAGAAUCGUGAACUCCGAUGACGUGAUCACCAAAGUUCCUGGAGUCGUUUUAGACAACAGAGAGCAAGACAACGUGAAGAUGUCGUCGUCGGCAGCGUCAGCAAUGCCGAGCUGGAUACAGAGACGCGUGGAGGAGACGCCGUGGGUUUACGCGGAGGUCGGGAAGGAGCUUCGGCUGAGCAGCCGUGACUCGCCGUACUUGAGUAGAAUCAAUGUGGCCACGUGUCACGAGCUGAAAACGUAUUUACAUUUGGUAGACGGGUUUGUGAGCUCCACGUGUCCAUUCAGAGAGACGGCUCGGAGAGUUCUCCAUAGAUGAAGAUUUAGAUUUUAUUCAUUCGACAUUCUCAAACGUACGAUUUUAACUUUUGAACAAAGUAACAGAUCUCUAACUUAGUCGUAGAACUAGGAACAACCGAACAACAAAUUAAGUAGAAGACAGCUCUAAAAGAGCGAAAAAAAUGUACUGUAAGCUCCGUAUAAAUCUCAAAUACUUUAUA